AUGUCCAAAGCCAAGGCUACCGAACUUCGAGGAAAGAAGAAGGAAGAGCUCCUUCAAGUCUUGGAGGAACAAAAGAACGAAUUGGCCAACAUUUUGGUGAGUUUUAAAUUAUUUUUUUUUAUUUUAUGUUUAGGUUUCCAAAGUUACUGCUGGCCCAACCUCAAAGCUUGCCAAGAUCAACGUUAUCCGCAAGAACAUCGCUAGAGUCUUGACCGUUGUUAACCAAUCUCAACGUGAAAACUUGAGAAAGUUGUACAAGGUGGGUGCUAUUUCAGUUUAUAGGGUUUGGUUUGAGUUAAAGAGGUUGUUUUGAGUUGUGAUUAUGUAACUGUUAACUAAAUUUGAUAGUUAUUUUACUUGUCCAUAGAUCUUCGAAAACUUGAAACUGAAAGUUUAUAUUUUCUUGAACUAUUUUUGGUGGAGGUACAAUUUUUUCUUCUGAAAUGCAGGAAUGUUGUAAAGAAAUAUUUAUGAAGUUGUAGUUUAGGAAGGUUUUAGUUUUCGAUAGUUUAAAAGUACACGGUUUUAGUUUUCGAUAGUUUAAAAGUUCAGUUUUGUCGGAUGUGUAUUAUGGUUUUUGUUUAAGAUUCUUAAUAUUUUACUUUAAUUGUUAGUUAUUUUUAGGCUUGUUAUCUUUGUUUAUGAAAAUAUAUUUAGCUCUCUGUUUUGUCUUUCGUAGGAAUAUUAUUUUUGACGGGUUAUGAUAUUUUAACUCAUGGUUUACGUAUUUCAGGGUAAGAAGCACGUGCCAAAGGACCUUCGCCAGAAGAAGACUAGAGCUCUCCGCCGUGCCCUCACCAAACACGAACUUUCCCUCCGUACCCACAAACAACAGGUCAAAGCCACCACUGUUCCAAGAAGAGUCUAUGCUUUGAAGGCUUAA